AUGGAAAAUAUAAAAAAUUCAAAAAAUUUAUGUACGUUCAUAAAUUUAUUCACAACACGUGUUAUCUUGUUAGAAAGCAAAAAACGAAAUGAAGCAAUUAUGCAAAGAAAACAGAUUUAUACUUACAUAAUUAAUGAAGAUUUCGAAAUGACUCACAAACACAUCUGUUUGAUACUACGAAAUGAAAUAGAAUCUUUAACAUGCAACAUUUUGAUAAGACUAUGUAAUGAAUUAAUUUGGAUAAUAAAUUCACAAAAAAAUAAUAAUGACAUAAAAAAAAAGUGUAUACGCAAUAUUUUUUAUUGUGCAAACAAAUUAAAUAUAGGGAAUACCGAAAGUUUAAGAUUAUAUAUGAUAAAAUAUUUUGGAAACAAAUUUAUUGAAAAUAUAGAAACAGAUUAUAUAAUAUUAGAUAAAAAUAUUUGUAAACUUGUUAAUAAAUACACAUUUACAAGACAAGAAAUAAGAGAUAUGAAAAAUAAAUUACAACAUGAAAUGAAUAUCCCAAUAAAUAAUAAAAUAAAACAAUGUUUUUGUAAUUUUUGUACAAACCCUCAAACUAGUUUUACUUUUUCAAAAUUAAACAAACACGAAAAUAUUACUAGUAUUGCACAACAGUAUUCUCAUUAUGCAGAAAAUAUUUAUGAUGCUGAAAAAAAAGAAAUAUUAGCUGAAAUUGAAAAAAAACUUAUUUUAUCCUAA